UGCUCAUUAGAGAACCAGGCUGGAAAUGUUUACUGCCCGACAAAGUUCGAGAUUCGUUCAGUAUUUUAAGUCUUUUCUUGUCACAAGCAGUAUGCCGUUUUAUGCUGUACGGACAGGAAGAAUUCCAGGUGUAUAUAAAACUUGGGAUGAGUGUAAACAGCAAGUAGAUAAGUUUGUGAAGGCACGGUACAAGAAGUUCAACACAGAACAAGAGGCACAAGCUUUUGUAAAGGGAUUUUAUAACCCAACACAUAAUGGACAAGGGGUCAGCAGCAGCACAUUCAAGUCCUCACCAACAAAAAAUUUCAGCAGUGGUUAUCAUAAUGGCGGAAACCAUUUAAGCAACAAGAGUUUAUCUACAGACAUUCAGCUGAACAUUGCAGAGAAGGAGAUAGAAUAUCUGAAGGAGAAACUAAAACAGAAAGAGAGUGAGAAGAAAUUACUGCAAACAAAAGCAGAGAUUGAUCAGUUGAAAAGUCAAUUGCAGCAUAAAGGCAAAUCUCCACAUGUGAAACACGUACUACACAAGAGCAAACCAUACCAACAUAAAACUGCAGUCAACAGUUCAAACUGGAAACAGAACAGAACAACACAACUUAUAGACCUUGACGAGGCUCGACAAAUACACACAGCUACAUGCUCUUAUGGUAUGGGACCAAAUGAAGAAGCACCUGUUGUUUACACUGAUGGAGCCUGUACAAAUAAUGGUUAUGGUGAAGCAAAAGCUGGAAUAGGAGUCUACUGGGGACCAGGCCAUCCUCUGAACACAAGUGAAAGACUUCCUGGAAGACAAACAAACAACAGGGCAGAGAUCCAUGCUGUAGUUAAAGCUGUACAACAAGCCAAAGAGAGUGGAUUUAAUGAGCUAACUGUGAAAACUGACAGCAUGUUUCUAAUUAACUCAAUGACAAAGUGGUUACAUGGUUGGCAGAAGAAGGAUUGGAAAACUGCUGCAGGAAAUCCAGUUAUUAAUCGUGAAGAUUUUGAAUGUCUCCUUGAAGCAAUGGAUGGAGUUAAAAUAAACUGGGUACAUGUACGAGGUCACCGAGGGAUUGCUGGCAAUGAGCAGGCUGAUCGUCUUGCUGUUCAAGGUGCUAGUAAACCUCUAAUGUUCUGAGCCAGUCAGUACAACUUUUCAGACUUGUUCAGACUGAAGAUCAUGGAAACUAGUCAGCAUAUUGUAUAUGUAAAUGUGUGGGUAAUAAUGGCAACAUUUCAUUGCAAUAAUGGUGCUGGGAGAAAAGUGACCAUUGGUGCCUAGAGAAAGGUUACAGUAGUUUGUAGCAUCAAUGUUGACUGUGGAAGAUAAUGAUGAGAGUGAGAAUUCUGGAUGCUUUAUGACGGUCAGUAGCCGUCUUUUGAGUUCCAUGCUGUGAAUGGUAUAAUGUUCCUUUCAGCAGUCAGUGGCCAUUUAAGGCAUACUAAACUGUGUUACUUUUGUAGACAAGAUACCCUGGGUGCAACGUUUAUAGACUACAUGUAAUUAUGUCUUGGAAUAACAUACAACAUUUCUGGUUUGAGAUGAUCAUAUUGAGUGAGGUGGAUUUCUGUACUGUGAUAUAUUGUAUGAUAUUCAUAAUUGUUUAAUUUUAGCUUACAUUUCAGUCACUGUUAAAAAUGUCUGCAAUAAUAAUUUGCGGGUCGAGCGCAAAACUGCUGUAACUCCUUUAUUUAAUAGGAGUUACAGCAGUAUCGCUCAACCCUUGAAAUUUAAUUAUUAUUUACAUGAUUGUAGUAGGAUGAAUACUAUGAAGCUGACUAUUAAAACAUUUUGUCACAAGUUUGACGUCGUGGGAGUGUAAUAAAACCAUUGCAUAAAAAUGAUAAUAUACUAGUGUAAUAAACCUUUGACGUCAACAUCUUUUAAUGUAUGAUAGGAGACGUUGUUCAAAUUGACGUGUUUAUAAUAGUUAAAGAAAGUAGAAUAUUUGAUGUUUCGAUAAGGAAAAGCUAACAUGUGAUAAAAAGAAUAUUACAUUUGUGACUUUCCACAUUGAAUUUAUUGUACCCCCCGACAACAAAGUUGUAAGGGAGGGUAUAUUGGUUUCAGGUUGUCCGUCCAUCCGUCUGUCUGUCCGUCCGUAGACACAAUCUUGUGCGCACCAACUCCCCUCAUCCCCUUGACACAAUUUAAUGAAACUUCACAAAAAUGAUCAUUAACAACAAUAGUUGUGCAUGAUGCAUGUAAGGUUCUUUCAGAAAUAUUUUUUUCAGAGUUACGGGACUUUGUUUUUUGUUACUACAGUCGAACUUCGAUGGCUCGAACUCGAGGGUCCCCUGGAAAUUAGUUCGAGUUUUCCGUUGUUCCAGCCAUCUAAAUGGCGGCCAUAUUGAAUCUGGGAAUUCGAGGGCAUUUAAGCGUAACUCUCUUUGAUCGACCCUGACUUUUCUUAUACAGCCAGAGAACGUGUUUUUUUGGAACAUCAAACAUUUUAGCAAUUUCUGUUUUUGAUUUCAGACCUUUUUCACAUUCGAUGAUGGCGUUAUAUUUUAUUUCUAUAGUUUUAUUUUAUCAAAUUUUCGUUUUGUUCCUUGCUUUCCAGUAGCCGACUUAGCUAUUCUUCCGUUUCCGCAUCCUUUACUAAGUUGUUCAGCCAUGCUUAAGCAGUAUAAAAAUUGACAUCGGACCUCCCGUUUCUAUGCAGAAAAAAUAAUGACAAACAUUGCUCAAUUAUUUUAAAUAAAUUUAUGCGUAAUAGUCAAAACCUAUUAAAGCAUUGCAGUGAAUGAAAGUCACUUUGUUUUAUUUGUUUGUCAUAUACCAACGCUAAUUACAUAACCGUGUGAAAAUUACGCAAGCGCCGGUGAAAGGGGAAGGCUUGGCAAAUGGGUUUGGCAAAUGUCAGGCAGAAGUGUGAAAAACUUGGUAAACACAAGUCCUUCCGGCGACAAAUUUUCUGUUUCGACUGAAUAGGUGUAAUUAUCACUGUAAUUGAGCCGAGGGGACGGCCAAAUGAGUUCGAGAGCUCGAAUUUUCGAAGUUCGAGCGAUCCGAGGUAGAACUAUAUAGAAUAAAGAAGGAAUAAAUUCGGGACCAGGCGAAGAGUUUGAGCGAUCCCGGGUGUUCGAAAGAUCCGAGUUCGAGCCAUUGAAGUUCAACUGUAUACUAUAUACAUAGACACAAUCUUGUGUGCACCAACUCUGCAUCUGCUUGACAUAAUUUAAUGAAACUUCACACAAGUGAUCAGUAACAACAGUAAUUGUGCAUGGUGCAUGUCAAAAAUUUGCAUAGUUACAGGACUUUGAUUUUUUUAACUAUACUAUAUACAUACAGUCUACAUAUGGAAUCUUGUGCGCACAUAAUCUUCUCAACCCAUGCACACAAUUUAAUGAAACUUAACACAAGUGAUCAGUAGUAACCCUAGUUGUGCAUGGUGCAUGUUAGGUUCUUUCAGAAAAAAAAUUCUGCACAGUUAUGGGACAUUGUUUUUUGUUAGUAUACUAUAUACAUACAGUCUGCAUAUGCAAUAUUGUGCGCGCCUAAUCUCCUGAACCCUUGCACACAAUUUCUUGAAACUUCACACAAGUAAUCAGUACCAACCCUACUUGUGCAUGGUGAAUGUUAAGUUCUUUUAGAUAAAUAUUCUGCAGAGUUAUGGCACUUUGUUUUUGUUACUAUACUAUAUACAUAGAGUCUUUAUACAUACAGUCCACAUAAUUAUGCAGUCUUAUGUGCAUCAAAUUGCAAUGUACGGUGUCAGUGUGUGUGGGUGGGGGGUGGGGGGGGGGGGUACAUUCAUCAUCACCUUCAGUGAUAGCUCUAGUUAAACUUGUUUAAUAAAAUUGAUAAAAAGCUCGGCAGAGCAUCGCAUUUUUAUAUUUUAUUCAACUUGUUUAUUAAAUUCAAUAUGAAAAGACACUCAUGUAAUAUCCUCUAUGUAUAGAUGGAGGAACAUAAACAAGCAAAAUGGUUCAGUUUGUUAUUUUCAAAGUAAGAGUUAGUAUUUUAUUGUAAUAGUAUGAAACUGACUAUAAAACAUUUUGGAGGUGUAGGAGUCAUUUCUUAAAACAAAAACAAGCAAAAAGGCUGUCCGUCAUAAUUCGUGUCCGGAGCAUACCUUUAUAACCAUUAAAGGUAUUGACUUUAAAUUUGGUAUAUGGGUAGCUUGGAAUUAGACGAUCCUUGAACCGGCUCUGUAGGUCAAAGGUCAAGGUCACAAAUUGAGCUAAAAGGUCAAAAUUGUCCAUAUUUUUUGUCUGGAACAUAACUAAAUAACCAUGCAAGGUACUGACCUAAAACUUAAUAUGUAGGUAGGUGGCAGUUAGACAAUGUGUAGAGCACAUGAACCGGAUAAUAUGUUGGUCAAAGGUCAAGGCCACAAAUUAAGCGAAAAGAUCAAAAUUGUCCAUUUUAUUUUGUGUCUAGAGCAUAAAUUAUUGCCCAUUCAAAGUGUUGAUUUCAAACUUUGGAUGGAGGUGAAUGGUGAUGAGGCGAUGUGCAUAGUGCAUUAACUAGGCUGUAAGGUCAGUGGUCAAGGUCAAAGCAAGGUAAAUUCUGCCCAUCAUAUUUCAUGUCCAGAGCAUAACUAUUAAGGGUAUUGACUUGAAAAUUGGAAUACAGUUAGGUGCUGCAUUUUUUUCUUGUACUUUCUUGUCCUUUAGUACCCUGUUAUCACCACCGCCCACAAACACCCUGACUGUCCGUCCGUCCGUGUUUGCAUCCGGUAAAUUCUUGUCCGGACUGUAACUCUUCCAUUCAUAAAGGAAUUUUGAAAUAAAUUGGCAUAAAUGUUCCCCAUAAUGAGACAACAAAUCAUGCGCAAGACCCAGAUCCCUAGCUCCAAGGUCAAGGUCACACUUAGACGUCAAAGGUUAACAUGGUGUUUCGUGUCCGGUUCAUAACUCUGCUAUCCAUGAAGGGAUUUUGAAACAACUUGGCAUAAAUGUUUACCAUAAUGAGACGACAUGUCAUGAGCAAGACCCAGACCCCUUGCUCCAAGGUCAAGGUCACACUUAGAAGUUAAAGGUUAACUGGGUAUGUUUCGUGUCUGGUCCAUAACUCUGCAAUUCAUUAAAGGAUUUUGAAAUUACAUGGAAUAAAUGUUCCUCAUGAUCAGACGAGGUGUCCUGAGCUAGACCCAGACCCCUAGCUUCAAGGUCAAGGUCACACUUAGAGGUCAAAGGUUAACAUGGUCUGUUUCUUGUCCGGUCCAUAACUCUACCAUCGAUGAAGGGAUUUUGAAAUUACUUGGCAUAAAUGUUCCCUAUAAUAAGAUGAGGUGUCAUUCACAAGACCAAGACCCCUAGCUCCAAGGUCAAGGUCACACUUAGAAGCCAAAGGUGUUUCUUGUCUGGUCCAUAACUCUGCCAUUUAUCAAGGGAUUUGAAAAUAAUUUGACACAAAUGUUAACCAUAUUGAGAAGAUGUGUCACGCUUAUGACCCAGGCCUCUUAGGUCAAGGUCAAGGUCACAAAAUGAUAUGUGAUUUUUUUGCGCAUACAACUGUGGCAUUCUUGGGCCUGCUUCAGGGGCAUUUGUCACCAAUAGUGACAGCUCUUGUUAAAUUUAAAAUUUAAUAUCAUAUUAUAAUAUGAUGAGAAUAAGUUUGAGAAGCUAAGUACUUUCUAAAUAAAUGAAUAAGAGACUAGAGACUGUUUUUAGUAAAAGCACAUGUUUCCCAAUACCACUUUAUUAGUCCCCUACUGGUUGAAAACCAGUUUCGGGGACUAUAGGAAUGCGCUUUUCCGUCAUUCCAUCCGUCUGUCCGUCCGUCCGCAAUUUCGUGUACGGUCCAUAACUCUGUCAUCCAUGAAGGGAUUUUAAUAUUACUUGUUACAAAUGUUCCCCACGAUGAGACGACAUGUUGUUCGCAAAACCCGGACCCCUGGCUCAAAGGUCAAGGUCACAAUUGGAGGUCAAAGGUCAACAGGGCUUUUUUCCUGUCCGGUCCACAACUCUCCCAUCCUUGAAGGGAUUUUAGUAUUACUUGGCACAAGUGUUCCCCAUGAUGAGUUGACGUGUCGUGCGCAAAUCCCUGACCCCUAGCUCAAAGGUCAAGGUCACAGUUGGAGGUCAAAGGUCAACAGGGCUUUUUUCCUGUCCGGUCCAUAACUCUCCCAUCCAUGAAGGGAUUUUAAUAUUACUUGGCACAAAUGUUCCCCAGGAGGAGACAACUUGUCAUGCGCAAAAGCUGGACCCCAAGCUUAAAAGGUCAAGGUCACAAUUGGAGGUCAAAGAUCAACAAGGCUUUUUUCCUGUCCGGUCCAUAACUCUCCCAUCCAUGAAGGGAUUUUAAUAUUACUUGGCACAAAUGUACCGCAUAAUAAGACGAUGUGUCAUGCACAACUUUCAGACCCCUAGCUCAAAGGUCAAAGUCACACUUGGCAGUCAAAUGUUAACAUAGCAUGAACAGGGUCUGUUUCGUGUCCAGUCCAUAACUCUGACAUUCAUUAAGGGAUUUUAAUAUCACCUAGCACAAGUGUUUCCCAUGAUGAGACGACGUGUCAUGAGCAAAUCCCGUACCCCUAGCUCAAAGGUCAAAGUCAAAAUUAGGGGUCAAAGGUCAACAGAGUUUUUUUCCUGUCCCGUCCAUAACUCUGCCAUCUAUGAAGGGAUUUUAAUAUUACUUGGCACAAAUGUUCCCCAUGACGAGACAACAUGUCAUGCGCAAAGCCCAGACCCUUAGCUCAAAGGUCAAGGUCACAAUUGGAGGUCAAAGGUCAAUAAGGUUUUUUUCCUGUCCGAUCAAGAACUCUGUCAUCCAUCAGGGAUUUUAAUAUUACUUGGCAUAAAUGUUCCCCAUGAUGAGACGAUGUGUCGUGCGCAACACCUAGUACCCUAGCUUAAAGGUCAAGGUCACACUUUGAGAUCAAAGGUCAAGAGGAUUUUUUCCCUGUCCGGUCUAUAACUUUGUCAUGAAAAGCAGGAUUUAGAUAUCUGUUGGCACAAAUAUUCCCCUGGAUGAGACAACAUGUCAUGCGCAAGAACCAGUCCCUAGGUCUAAGGUCAAGGUCAUAUUUAGAGGUCAAAGGUCAGAUUCAAGAAUGACUUUGUAUGGAACAUUUCUUCUUCAUGCAUGGAUGGAUUUUGAUGUAACUUGGACCAAAUGUUCACCACUAUGAGGCACCCUUGUUUUUAGAAUUACAUCCCUUUGUUUUACUAUAAAUAGAUUUUAUUGUAACUUUUUUAUUACUGGCGGUAGAAAAAAAUCGAGACCACUUUUCUGUGGUACAGCAUGCAUGUUGCAUCCAAUUUUUAGGUGUAUUUUGACCUAUCUCUACCUGGUAAAGAGUUUCUUGUGGACUUAAAUUAUACAGAUUUUUUUUUUUUUUUUUUUUUUUUUUUUUUUUUUUUUUUUUUUAAGAUUAAUUUCCCUUUGUUCUUACUAUAAAUAACUUAUAUGAUAACAUUUUUAUAAUCAUCCAAAAAAAAAUCAAUAUGAAAACAACUGUAGGUUUUUAUAUAUGCACAUUUUAAUCCAAGUGUGUUGUUAUAACAUAUUGUAUAUAUAGUACAAUAUACAAUAUAUCAUUGACAGAUAUCAGUUCAUUAUGUUACACUGCAGUAGAGAAAAUUAGAUGCCUUCCAGUAGGGGACUUUGUAUUGCAUGGCAAUACUUCAUUCACUUGUUUUAACAGAAAAGUGAUUUGAUAUGACUUUUUUUUGCAAUAUCAAUCCAUAUCAUGUUGUUGUCUAGCUAUUCUACUCACCCUGGCAUCGGCGUCACACCUUGGUUAAAGUUUUGCAUGCAAGUACAUAUGGCAAGUACAUAUGGUUAUCAUUUAAAGGCAUAUAGCUUUGAAACUUAUUUAUUCUUUUCUAGGUCAAUUACCAACCUCACUAGGUCAAGUCCCAUAACUCUGACAGAAACUUUAACCAGGAUUUCCUAAGUCCAAAAGGGGUCAUAUACAUCUACAUAUAUCUCCAAAACUAAUGCAGAUAUUGAAUUGAAACUUCAUAUUUGCCUUCAGGGUUAUAAAACUAGGUGAUAGCAUUAAAUUCCAUAAUUCUGCAUAUCAAAGGCAAUAAAAUGCCUUUAGUGUGUACUAGCUUGACAGAAUCUGUAUUGGCACAAGGGCAAAGCCUAUGUGUGUAUUAGUUUGACAGAAUCUGUAUUGACACAAGGGCAAAGCCUAUGUGUGUACUAGCUUGACAGAAUCUGUAUUGGCACAAGGGCAAAGCCUAUGUGUGUACUAGCUUGACAGAAUCUGUAUUGGCACAAGGGCAAAGCCUAUGUGUGUACUAGUUUGACAGAAUCUGUAUUGGCACAAGGGCAAAGCCUAUGAUUGUGCUAAGGUAGUUUUAGUCAUUGCCAUCUAUAUGGAGUUAUUAUACAUGUAUAUGUAAACUUAACUUCCAGUUACUGUGAAAUCAUUUAAAUACACGGCCAUAAAAUUUUGUUGUUUUGGCAAAAAACGGUUGUUUCAUGGGAUAUGAAUUGGUGUAAUAACUUGCAUUUAACUACACAUGUAUAUUAUAUUAUAUUUAUUGAAAUGUUAGUGAAUGCUGAAAGAACCUUAUAGCGACUGUAUGAGAGGCUGGUAUGUGUGAAAAUUGGAGGAAAAUGAAGAUGCACCUGUUUGUAAUUAUUACAAUGUUUCUGCAUUUAUUAUGCCCCCUUUGAAGACGUAGGGUAUAUUGCUUUGCACCUGUCAGUUGGUUGGUCCAUCAGUCGGUAGAGCAAACAGUUUCUGCCCAAUACCUUGAGGACCACUUGACCCAGAACCAUCAAACUUGUUAGCAUGAUCAGGCUUAUAAAGGAGAUGACCGCUACAGUUUUUAGGGUCAGUAUGUCAAAGAUAGAAGACCCCUGUUGUUUUUAGGGUCAGUUAGUCAAAGGUCAAGGUCAGAGGGUCCUAAACCUUGAAAACCGUUCCACUCAAUAACUUGAGAACAACUUGACUCAGUUUCUUCAAACUUUAUAGCAUGAUUGAGCUUAUGAAAUUGAUGACCCCUAUUGUUUUGGGGUAUAGUAGGUCAAAGGUCAAGAUGAAAGUGAUCAUAGAACUGAAAUAGGACAACCCAUCAUGGGGGGGACAUACGUGUUUUACAAACAGCUCGUUUGUUUUUUGAAAUGGUGAACUUAGAUGUGUAUAGCCUGUGAUAAAACAAUAUUACCUUUAUUAUUGAAACACAUUGUCUAUGCUAAGAAUGUGUCGUAGAGGUGAAGCAGUAGUGCUGUAGAAUCCAUACAUAAAGGUGCCAUGUUUGAGUUCUCUAUGGAGGUGAAUUUUCCUUGCUGUCCAUUUUACUAGAUAUGAAUGCUAGUAAAAAAUCAUGGCAGCAUGUUAUCAUGUAAAAUGUACCUAUAUGAGAAGUAAUAGUAUAUUUGUAUCAACUUUCAUCUUGUUCAAGUCAAGUGAUUUUUGUCAGCAUUAUUCUGGUAAAAAUGUUACAAUAUGUAAAAAGGUUUAAAAAUAAAAACUGUAAAUUGUU